GGUAAAUGAUACUGUUAGUUUAGGAAUACUUCCUUUCAUUUCGUAAACAUAUUAUUAUUUUAUUCGAUUGUGAUAGAAUUUAAGUUGUUUGUUUUUUAUAUUACACAAAUAUGUCUGAUAUAACCAUCAACGGAAUUGUUAUUAAUUUUCCUUUUAAGCCAUAUCCCGUUCAAGAAGAGUAUAUGGCUAAGGUUAUAGAAUGUUUACAGAAUAGUAAACAUGGUGUUUUAGAAUCACCGACAGGUACUGGUAAAACACUUUGUCUUUUGUGUUCCUCAUUAAGCUGGUUGAUUACAAAAAAAGCUCAACUGCAAGCAGAAGCAAUGGUUGGAGCUAUUGAAAGAUCUGAUUUGAGUGGACACUUUUUUAAUAAAAUAAGCAAAGGUCUCGAGAAAGCGGCAGGAGUACCAGAUAAUUCUGCUUCUUUUGGUUGGGCGAUGCCCAAAAUUAUUUAUGCAUCUAGAACUCAUUCGCAGUUAUCUCAAGCGAUGAAAGAAUUAAAGCGUACUACUUAUAAACAUGUGCAAGUAUCAGUCUUAGGAUCUAGAGAUCAACUUUGUAUUCAUCCGGAAGUCUCUAAAGAAACAAACUCGUAUAACAAAGUACAAAUGUGCCAAGCUAAAGUUAAAAGUAAAACAUGUUUCUAUUAUUGCAAUGUUGAAAAAAGAAAAGGUGAAUCACUUUUUAAACAAGAAAUAUUGGAUAUUGAAGAUUUGGUUUCAGCAGGACAAAAGAUGAAUUGUUGUCCAUAUUAUUUAGCAAAAGAGUUAAACCAAAAUGCUGAUAUUACGUUCAUGCCUUAUAAUUAUUUGUUAGAUUCCAAAACGCGUAGAAUGCAAGGAAUAGAAGUACAAAAUAAUGUAAUCUUAUUAGACGAGGCACACAAUGUAGAGAAAGUUUGUGAAGAAGCAGCAUCGUUACAAAUAAGCAGUACGGAUAUAGCGAUGUGUAUUGAUGAAAUAACUGCAGUAAUGACAAAUAUUAGCACAGAGAAUAAAGAUAAUGAAAGUGAAAUUGAUUUUUUAUCACAAGAUUCUAUAAACGUACAAAAAGAUUUUACACCGGAAGAUUUAUGCAUUUUGAAAACAAUGUUUUUAGAACUAGAGAAAGCUAUUGAUGAUAUUAAAAUUACAAAACAGGAUGAAGGCGAUACAUUGCCUGGAGGAUAUAUUUUUGAAUUGCUUAGUAAAGCAGAGUUAACUCAUAGAAAAACAGAUAUAGUUAUAGAAAAACUGGAGAAGAUCGUUUCCUAUUUAGUUACAACCAAUACAUCUCCAUUUGCUAGGAAAGGUAACGCGUUACAAAAAUUUAUAAAUGUAUUAAGGGUAUUAUUCAGCAGUGGAAAUUCUCUGCAACAUAGAGAAAAAAUUGAACAAUGUUAUAAAGUAUAUAUUCAAUUGGAGGAGCAAAAAAAGAAUCAAAAAAGUGAUGGAUGGCAAACGAAAAAAAUAGCUCUCAAAAAUGAAGGCAAAGUUAUUAACUAUUGGUGUUUCAGUCCUGGUUUUAGCAUACAACAAUUAGUAGACCAAGGUAUUCGUUCUGUAAUUUUGACAAGCGGUACAUUAUCUCCUUUAAAACCGUUCAUAUUAGAACUUGGAAUACCAAUAGACGUUCAGCUUGAAAAUCCGCAUAUCAUAACAGGACAACAGGUGUGUAUAGGCGUUCUUAGUCAAGGUCCUGAUGGGCAUGAACUUAACUCUUCUUUUAAUACAAGAAAUAAUCCUAAAUAUAUAGCAUCUCUUGGCCGUACGAUAUACAAUUUCAGUUGUCUUAUUCCACAUGGUUUAUUAGUAUUUUUUCCAUCUUAUCCAAUUAUGCAAAAGUGUAAAGAUGAUUGGCAAUUUUCUGGUUUAUGGACACAAAUUAGUGAGAGUAAGACCAUAUAUGUAGAACCAAGAUCAAAAGAUGGUUUUAUAAACAUUAUGCACGAAUAUUAUCAAAAAAUACAGGAUCCAACGUGUAAGGGAGCUAUUUUUAUGGCUGUUUGUAGAGGAAAAGUAAGUGAAGGUUUAGAUUUUGCUAAUGCGAAUGGAAGAGCAGUAUUAAUAACUGGUCUUCCAUUUCCACCGAUGAAAGAUCCAAGGGUUAUGUUGAAACAAAAAUAUUUAGAAGAAAUGCGACGUAAAGAUACACAGGUAUUAACAGGACAACAAUGGUAUCAACUUGAAGCUUCUCGAGCCGUUAAUCAAGCCAUUGGUAGAAUAAUACGUCAUAAAACUGAUUAUGGUGCUAUAAUUCUUUGCGAUUGUCGAUUCGAAAAUCCACAUUUUAAACAACAAUUAUCAGCUUGGCUUAGACCCCAUAUUAAAAAAUUCUCUAACUUUGGAAUGAUUACUAGAGAACUCAGAAACUUUUUUCGUUAUACUCAACAGGCUUUUCCACAACCGAAAAUGUCAAUUAGUCAAAACAGUAGUACUUUAUCGUUACCUGCUGUUCCAUGUUCUUUUGAUACAACCUCAUCUCGAUCAAUAAAACGAUCAAUAUCUAAUACUAAUACUAAUACUAAAGUAGAAUCAACUAUAAAAGAAACGUUUAGUAUCGAUCAGUAUAUAGAUAAUACUGUGAAAAAACGAUCUAACGAUAAGGCAGAAACGGAGAGUAUUUUUUCCAAGUUCGCAUCAACUAGUAAAAAAUCUGUGAUAAAUUUUAGUCAUUGUAAAUUAGAAAAAAGUAGUAAUAAUUGUACUUUAGUAGAAGAUUCUCCUAUUGAGCAUGUUGUAAAAAAAAGAAAAAUCAAAAUUAUUUCUACUAAAUAUGAUGCGGAUCUUCCUGGUCCUUCAACUUCUAACCAUGAAGAAGUAAAUAAUCUUGAUGAAUUUCAAAAAAAGACUGAUGAAAGUAAUAAGGAAUUAGACAAACGUGAGAUGGGUAAAGCAUAUAUCAAAAAGGUAAAAAAAUCAUUAACUGAAGAGAAAUAUCAAAUAUUUGGAAGGAUCAUAAAAGAAUAUACUGCAACUGGUAAUUUGAACGAUUUGUUACAAACAUUAGAAUAUCUCUUUUCACUUAAAGGUGAAUUGCAGCAUCUUUUCAUAGGUUUCAAAACUUUCUUAAAAAAGAAGCACGUUGAAGAAUUCGACGAGUACAUUAAAAAAAUGAAUAAAUAAAAAUAAAUAAAUAAAAAAACAUGUGUAACUGUAUAU